CACCGAUCCAUGGAAAGAGCCGAAGAUGUCGGCUCGGUCAUGUGAUCAGCUGUGUCCAAUCACAGCUGAUCACAUGUACACUGAUCAUCAGAGCACUGAUGAUCAGUGUAGCCCCAGCAGUGCCACCUGUCAGUGUCCAUCAGUGCCAGCUGUCAGUGCUCAUCAGUGCCACGUGCCAGUGCCCAUCAAUGCCACAUAUCAGUGCCUACCAGUGCACAUCAAUGCCACAUAUCAGUGCCCAUCUGAGCUGCCUUUCAGUGUCACCCAUCAGUGCUGCCAAUCAGUGCCACCUAUCAUUGCCAGUCAGUGCCACCUAUCAGUGCCAGUCAGUGCCACCUAUCAGUGUACAUCAGUGCCGCCUAUCAGUGCCGGUCAG